GGAGUUUGGAUGGUCAAGAGCCGCUUGGGGUGAGGGGCGCACUAAUCCCCUUUGCGUUAGUCCUCCCUUGACGGGUCGCUUUCCAUUGAAUCCAUUCAGGUAAAGCGCUUAAUUCCUCCACUGCUCAUCAAUUCGACCUAUCGUUCGAAAACAUUAGCCCAGGGUCUUUUGGUCCGCUCUUGUGGGAACCCCUUAGCCUGAGUAGUUCGUAUCUUCUGCUUUCAUCCAGUCAUCAUCCUCUAGCAGAUUAUAUCCAAUACGACGCGAUACUGCCACAGUGGCUAUGGCUACUUCGGAUCUUUCAAAUCCAGAUUCUCUGGCCGUCUUAACGGCAAUGGUUAAUCAAACGCUUAUCGAAACCGGCCGCUUUUUCCGAUCAGGGGGUUCUACGCAAUCCAGGGCCCAACUCAAGCGUUCACUUCCUGUUGCUCAUGAGCAAUUUCAAAGUGCACUGGACAAUCUUUCCGAGCAGAUCUUCAUUGCCAAGACGUUCCUGGAGAGGGACUACGAGGCGAUUGCAGCCCAAAAGGCAGCACUGCAACCAGCCGAAGAUGUUGUUAUGAGUCAAUCAGAGACCAUACAAGACCCCGAAGCUGCGCCACAGGUGGAGGCAACAGCAGUUGACACAAGUCAAGUCCAAUCAGAACUAUCCAGGGCUGACGCCGUGCAAUCACAUACAAGCGUCGAUGCCGGUCAGCAGAACACUAGUGAAACCCUUGUGAAAGAAGAGGAACCAGCCGAAUCUGUUGCGGUUGGUCCCAAUCAAUCUCAGCCUGGGCCCAGUGAGAUCAAUUUCGAUUCAGUUCUCGAUGAUACUGGUGGGGCGAAUGACUUCGAUCUAAACUUAGACUUUGGGGAUGACGACCUUGGGAACGAGAACUUCUUGUCGGGAUCCAACCUUGGUACUACAAAUACAACUGGCGCCACUGAGCAGGAGAAGGGGGUUGACCAAAGUGGGAACGCGAUAGCUGAAGUCCCUGGUUUGGAGACUGGUACGGCCAACAUCCCAACUGGGGGGGAUAUGUUCGACCUAGAAUUGCAGAAGACCGAGGCAUUUUCCGCCCAAAACGGGGCCCCAGAAGGGCAACAAGGCAACACCACUGAAGAUAUUAUGGCUCCGGGCGAAUCUAGCUUCGAUGACUUGUUCAUGGAUAAUGAGAAUUUUGGAAGUGGAGACGUGGGAGACCCUAGCAUGCUGGAAGGCGAUAGCUUGAUGAAUAUGAACGAGCUCGAUGACAGCUGGUUUACUUAGGGGUGACUCUUAUCC